UCGUACUAUAACCAAGAAAGUGUUAAUAUACCUCCAAAUCUAUUCAAUGAAUCCGAAGAGCCGUUUUGUACAGUAGAUCUUAUUCAAUUAACGGUUGCCACCUCCAGUCUUCAUGUAAACAAUGUCGAUCAUAAUCUUUCCACGUUACGACUUCCCUCGGUAUUUUCCGAAUCUAACACAUUACCCAAAACAUAUCCAGAUAUUUUGAAACCUGCUGAACCAUCUUUAUCAAUGAAUACUAAACAAAUGGAUCAAAUAGCAAUGAAAUCCACUGUGAAAAACUAUAUGACAGUUGCCACAUACAUUUCCGAAGUCAAUGAAAAUAGCCUUAUUGAUUACAUGUUCAAUUAUGAAAUAAGAUUUUCAAAAAAUGUUCUGCAGAUAAUGAGAUAUCUUUCACAAAAACUUUCUCAACCAUUUCUUAUUUAUGAACUUGACUUCGAAGUCACGUCUUUCUUUCGCUAUUUACGCUGGAAAAUGCUCAAUUCAUAUCUGAAACAUACAAAGCGACUACGAGCACUCAUCGAACGCAUGUUCGGCAUCAUCAAUCUCGGCAUAACCAACUAUCCCGGUAGUCAUGCAACAGUAACACAAAUAUGGGAAGAUAUACAAAAGAGCAUAUCAGUCGAUGUAACUCAUCUCAUGACUUUCGCCAGAGACAUGCCUGGGUUGAAUGAAUUGAAUACGAAUGAUUUUACUCGAAUCCUGAAUAAUCGUGUAUUCGAUUUUUACAUUAUUUAUAAUUAUCCUUUAUUUUACAAAAAUGAAUCGUAUACAAUGACAAUCAACGGUUUCCAAUAUAGUCGCCAUUUUAUGAAUCAAAUCAUUGGAAAGAAAACGACCGAUGCUUUACACGAAUUUUCCGCUAAACUCCACACGUUGAAUAUCACUCAAGUGGAACAUAGUCUGAUCAUUCCGAUUAUUCUUGGUUUAGCCGAUGAAAAAAUAGUCGAUAGUGAAAGUGUAUAUUUCAUUAAAUAUUGUUUUAUGUAUGCACUUUAUAUUCAAUUAUGUACGACUCGAACUGAGGAUGAAGCGAAAUUCGUAUUCGAACAAAUCUUACAACUUGUUGAUUCAAUUGAGACUAUCAACAAAUUAUGCAAAGAAAAUAUUGGCGCAUUGGUUCUGGACAAAACACUGUCUCAGAAGUAA